AUGUGGGAUCCUUUUGACUCGGCAUGGGUGGAGACAGCCUACUCUCCUUUGGCAGUGACGCCAGGAUCAACCAUGGCUUCCGACUUCCUCGAAACUACACCAAGAAUUGCGCCAGGUUCUGUAUCUUCGAGCUCCCCAGAGACACAAGACAAAUCAGAAAGCUGGAGAACUUACGGCCUUUCGGAACCCAUCAUCAAAGACUUUGUUUCGAAGUACUCAAAUGGUUAUUCUAUGGAUGUUCGAAGCAUCGAAAUAUCUGUAGAUGGUGCAUUGUCAAAUGAAAGGUCGUUUUCGGACAAGGACACUUUGUGGAAUUUUUUGACUGCAGAGAAGGUUGCGCCAUCAACAUCUAUACGCGUGCUGCUGGUCAAAGAAAUGUCAGGAGAAGCAUUGCAGCUCAUGAGCACGGCUCUUGGUAUACAUCUUGCAUUUUGGGCGUGGGUAGCUUCAGAGCAGGCAUCAGAUGGCUUUUGGCUCAAUACACAUAAUGAUGGUAAAAUUCUGUCCUUCGAUUUACCUGGCUUUGAAUUCUAUUCUGCGAAAACGCCACCUGCAAUGAAAGUUGUACGCGAAGGCCGAUUGAAACAGCUGUCGAGUCGACAUAGGUUCUAUGGGGCUGGGUUGACGGGGGUACAAUCUCACGAUGUUUACAUCAACCGCAGAACUUCUGGUUAUCUUAUUCCCAUGGAUGGCUUCUAUACCUUCGUGUACCUGGCUGAGGAUUGCAGGGCAGUAUCGUCCUUGCCACUCCAAGCUACAGAGCGCACUCAGCCACUUUGCACCGAAUGGUUCAUGCGAAAUUUAAAAGAAGCUGAGACGGAAACGCUGGUCAAAUUUACGAAGGAGCCAGUUGGGAUAAUCUUAGAAGUUGUCAAGCAGCUUCUCAGAACAUGGCAUUCCUUCACGGUUCAGGUCCAGCGUGAUCUAGAAGUCAUCGACGAGUCUCUCCCGGAAAGCUUGCCAGAUCAGCUUCCAGAACAUAAUCUCUACGACAUAGGGACAUACCUCCAUCGUGACAUCGUCCAGACAUUGUAUCGCUUCAAUCUCCAGCUGGGGAAGUACGAGGGCUAUCUCAAGUACCUAGGGAACGGUACCAAGCCACAGUUCCGCCCAGACAUGUACAUCCACGAUACCGCCAAUCUAACGAACAAUCUGUUUGAUUUACGAAGACGUCUCGAAGGAUGCAAAGACCGGGGAAAUAUGAGCUUGACCUUGAUAAAUAACUAUAUUUCCCUCCAACAAGCACGCCUUGCGAAUCGGCAAGCGCUGAUUUCUGCGGAAAUGGCCCGCCUCCAAGUUCAAGAUUCGCAAGCAGGCGGCCGGUUAUCAGUCGUAGCGACUGUUUUCCUGCCCUUAUCGUUUGCUACGUCGUGGCUCAGCAUCAACCAGUCAAUGCCAAUUUGGAUCUUCUUUGUGAUUGCGGUCGGUAGGCAUCGCAAGCAUUCCAUUCCGUUCUGCAUCCUCGUCGUCGGAGAGAGGUUUCUGAUGAGAAGGACAGCUAUACCCACAUUGUAUGACUUGUGUAUGACUCCUCUAAGUCCAUGCUCACUCUAUUUUUGCCUUUUUGAAGAUCUACAUAACUACAGGGAUAGCGGGGUCUUGUGGAAUCUGAACUACGCAAGUGGAGUCCAUAACGCUCCACAAGUCAGUCCCAACAAGUUGCCUUGGAAUAGGGCUGCCAAUCAACUCUCGGCUCUCCGAAUCAUAACUUUUGGUCUCUUCUGCUGUCCCAGUGCUGCUUGUAAUAACAAUGCCGAGAGCUUCCUCGAACGCCGAACGGCAAGCUAUGGUGCCAGAGAGUUGAAGACCUUUCACGACCUGCCCGAUGCCACACAAAAUCCUUUGAUCACCGAACACCCCAGUUUAAUCGAGGAGGAGUAUUGUCGCGUAUUGGAGUUGUACAGCCGCUAUGAGUCCGAGAAGGUCGUUGCCGAAGAGUGGUGGUUGGCGACGUCCCAUCCAGACGCUAUGCAAGCGCUUCUUGAUGCCGGGAUCGCCGUCCAACUCAUUCUUAAGGCUUCAUUGUACAUUGAAGAGUACAGCCAAAGAUACGGGAUGGCUAUCGAUUUUCGAACCCUUUUCCUACGGCAUUGGAACGCCCCACGCAGUGACUUGGGUUGCCAAGGACUCCUUACGGAUGACUGGAAGUUUCUAUUGGGUGAACGGGAAAAUAAACUCGGUCCACAUUUGACACCGAGGGCUAGUCUGAACUCUCCAGACUCUGGAGGGGGCGACCCCAAUUUCCCGCAGUGUGGACGGCCAUCUGAGUGGGGCUGCGCCGUCGACCUUGACAGUUACCUUGUGACCACCCCCAGCCCGUUCCGUUAUGGGUGUUAA